AUGGCUGCCUCUCAAUAUUGGCUCUCUCUUCUGGUCCUCUCCUGCUGCAUGGCCCUCUUGCUGCCGCCAUGUGCUCAGGGGGCCCCACAGGAGCCAGUGUAUCCUGGUGAUGAUGCCACCCCAGAGGAGAUGGCCCUGUAUGCUGCAGAGCUCCGAAGAUAUAUCAAUAGGCUGACCCGGCCCAGGUAUGGGAAGAGAGCAGUGGGUCAGAGAAUCUACCAGGACGGGGUGGAUUUCUUGGAGUAG